GGCCGCACGGGAGGGAAUCGGCGGCGUCCGCCGUGGGAGAGGCGCGAGACGCGGGGCCUGGGGUGGCCGAAAUGCGACUCGGCAACAUCGAACGGCUGUUGGAUUCGCUCGUGCAAGCAACAGCCAGGAACAAUUCGGAGGCGGCGGGAACGGUGGAGGCCGCGGACGCCGUGUGCCCUGGGAAUGAGCUGGUGGCCAGGCCAGCCGAGAUCCUCUUCAAGGAGUGGGGCAAGGACCUCCCGGCGCGGCAGAAGCGCGCUGCGUGCGCGCGCUUCCUCACCUACGGCUACAACGCCUACCUGAGCGACCGGCUGCCCCUCGACCGCGACGUGCCUGACAACCGCCCUCCCGGCUGCAGCUCCAAGCGGUACCCGUCGGAGCUCCCGGCGCUCAGCCUGGUGCUGAUCUUCUACAACGAGGCCGUCUCCAUCCUGCUGCGCGCCGUCACCUCCGCCGUGCGCAACACGCCGCACCACCUCCUCAACGAGGUCAUCCUCGUCGACGACUGCAGCGACUACGGUGACCUGCAGGAGGGCUUCACGCAAAACAUCACCCAGCUCCAGCGCAAGUACGAGCACGUGUCCAUCCGCCUCGUCCGUCACGUGACCCGCAGGGGCCUCAGCGCGUCGCGCGUCACCGGCAUCCGGGCCGCUUCAGGGCCCGUGGUGGCCGUCAUGGACGCCCACGUGGAGUUCCCCGUCGGAUGGGCCGAGCCGAUCCUGGGUCGCCUCGCGGCCAACCGGCGCCUACUGCUGUCGCCGGUAUUCGACAACACGCACUACGAUACGCUACGCGUGCAGCACUACAUCGCCAACGCGCAGGCCUUCAACUGGGAGCUGUGGUGCGCCUACCUCAAGCCGCCCGCCGACUGGGUGCGCAAGGGGGACCCCACCGCCCCCAUCCGGAGCCCGAUUGUGAUGGGCUGCAUGGCGGCCAGCAAGAGCUACCUGGAGGAGAUCGGCUUUCUGGAUGAAGGCAUGCAGGUGUACGGAGGGGAGAACGUGGAGCUGGGCCUCAGGGUGUGGCAGUGCGGGGGCAGUGUGGAGGUGCUGCCCUGCUCGCGCUUGGCUCACAUCGAGCGCUACUUCAAGCCGUACGCCCCGGACCUGAGCAUCCACAUGCGCAGGAACGCGCUGCGUGUGGCCGAGAUCUGGAUGGACGACUUCAAGAGGAACGUGUACAUGGCCUGGAAUGUGCCCAUGAACGGCUCUGGGAUCGACAUCGGCGACAUCUCGGAGCGCGUGGCUCUGCGCAAACGGCUCAACUGCAAGAGCUUCGCGUGGUACCUGGAGAACGUGCUGCCCUCACUGCCACGUCACGACGACAUCGUGCAGUACGGCGUGAUGAAAAACGAAGUGAGAGAAGAUCUGUGUUUGGACCAAGGCUCUCCCGAGAAGAAGCGGCCCAUCCUCUACCCGUGCCACAUUUACUCCACGCAGCGCGUGUGCCUGACGGCCACGUCCGAGCUGCUCAUUGGAGACUGGAGCCUGGACCUGUGGAGGCCGAAGAGACGCUGCCUGGUGGAGGUGGAGGAGGUGGAGGAGGAGGUGGAUGGGAGGGAGAGCGGUGGCCCGGCCCUCAUCGCCUGCUCGCUCGCUCUGCAGCAGAGACGCAGGAUGCACUGGAAAUUCACUCAGGACGGAGAGAUUCGGAACACGGAGAGCGGCAACUGCCUGGAGGUGACGGAGAGCCCCGACGAUGAGCAGGGCCUGAGGCUGGUGGUGCGCCGCUGCUCCCGCCAGCGGUGGCACCUCGGGGAGGUUGGGCACGUGGCGAAAGCGGCCACCGAAUGAACCAGCGGUGGCAUCUCGGGCCCUGCGGCCAUGGGGAGAGUGGAUUUCAUUUCUCUGCAGGUCCUGCGGUCUUUCCCUCGACAUUAAGAAACGACGUCACGCGUUUAGAGGAUUUGCCUCCCGCUAUAAAUGUCCACGUGAUGAUGAUAAUGAUAAGCCGAGACUUCGUUGAGUUAUCAUUUGUGACUGGGUCAUUUCUUUAAAAGACUUGAAUUUGUAUGUUUUAGGGAUUUGUUUACCUUUCCUAUACUUUGCACUCCUAUAGAGUUGUUGUUUUGUUUGUUGUUGUAACGUUCUGACCCCGUGCCCCUACUGGACAUCUGUGAAAAUUAGCUUUAUAGCUCAUCAGAUUCCUCCAGAAUAAAUAUUCAGAUUCUGAAUUAUUUUUACGUAUAUAUUCUGACUCUUUAAUCGAGCGAGGUAGCUGUUAUUGAAAGCGUUGGGACUUGGUGAAGCUCUUCUGGGAAAACAAGCGUAAUAAAUAAAUAAUAAAAUAUACUAAAACAAAACUACU